AUGGUUUUGGUUAUUCAGUCAGAUACACUGGUAGCUCAGCUGCACUCCAAUUCCGACAAAGGUGAUGGAUCAGUCAAAUACAUUCUUACUGGAGAAGGGGCGGGGACUAUAUUUAUUAUUGAUGACACGACUGGAGACAUCCAUUCAACCAAAAGCCUAGAUCGAGAGCAGAAGACACACUAUGUGCUUCAUGCCCAAGCUAUUGAUAGACGGACAAACAAGCCGCUUGAGCCUGAAUCUGAAUUUAUUAUCAAAGUGCAAGAUAUCAACGACAAUGCACCAAAAUUUACAGAUGGACCAUACAUUGUUACUGUGCCAGAGAUGUCUGAAAUGGGUACAUCUGUUCUACAGGUGACAGCCACAGAUGCAGAUGACCCUACAUAUGGAAACAGCGCCAGAGUAGUGUACAGUAUUCUUCAGGGACAGCCAUAUUUCUCUGUUGACCCUAAAACAGGAGUCAUCAGGACUGCCUUGCACAAUAUGGACAGGGAAGCCAGAGAGCAUUAUUCCGUUGUCAUUCAAGCCAAAGAUAUGGCUGGGCAGGUCGGAGGGCUGUCAGGGUCAACAACUGUAAAUAUCACGCUCACUGAUGUCAACGACAAUCCACCCAGGUUUCCUCAGAAACAUUAUCAACUAUACGUUCCUGAAUCAGCUCAAGUUGGAUCGGCAGUUGGCAAAAUAAAAGCAAAUGAUGCAGACACUGGUUCAAAUGCGGAGAUGAAGUAUACAAUUAUAAAUGGUGAUGGCGCUGGGGUGUUCUCCAUAUCUACUGACAAAGAAACAAGAGAAGGAAUUAUUUUGCUGAAGAAGCCACUCAACUAUGAAAAAAAGAAAUCAUAUACACUUAAUAUAGAAGGAGCAAAUACUCACCUUGACUUCCGCUUUUCACACUUGGGACCAUUUAAAGAUGUAACAAUGUUGAAGAUCAUUGUUGGCGAUGUGGAUGAACCUCCGCUCUUCACUAUGCCUUCCUAUGUCAUGGAAGUUUAUGAAAAUGCAAACAUUGGGACUACUGUUGGCACAGUAACAGCACAAGAUCCUGACAGUGCCAACAGUUUAGUGAGGUAUAGUAAAUCCAAAUUAUACGGGAUUGAAUUCCGCUUGCUAAAGGGUUAA